AUGAAGUUCUUCGCCAUUACUCUUGCCUCCUUGGCUUCUUUCUCUUCCGUACUUGCCAUGCCUAGCGCAUCCACCAACGAUGCGUCAUGCGGCAAGUACAUCUAUGACACCUUUUACAACCCGAAGAGCACCGACGUGUACCACUGGAGGGAGGUCAUGAACGAUACCCCAGAUGCUUGCGCAAACAGCAACGAUGCAUGUGGCAAAUUUAUGUAUGGCUUCUUCAAAAACGACCAAAAUAACCAGGACGUAUGGAACUGGAAGCGGGUCAUGGGUACAUCGAACGCUUGCACGACCCCCGACGAUGGGUCAUGCUCCCACUUCCUCUAUAAAACCUUUCAGAACAAGGAUAGCACCGAUAUUUCAAACUGGAAGAGGAUCAUGGGAACAGACCCGAACCCUUGCAACUAA